CAAUCGCGAAAAUGGAAACCGAGCAAGAAAAUGAAAAUUUAAAUACUACAGAUGCAAUGUGCCAGACACAAAAUGUAAACACUUUUCCAAGCAGCAAAUGGAUUAAGCUUAAUGUAGGUGGAAAAAUCUACACAACAACAAUAGAUACACUAAUGCGCGAACCAGACUCAAUGUUGGCGCGUAUGUUUUCGCAAAGCGGUAGUAUGAUGCCCAGCGAAAAGGAUGAACAGGGUGCAUAUUUGAUCGACAGAAGUGCUCGUUAUUUUGAGCCAAUUAUAAACUAUUUACGCCAUGGCCAGUUUGUCUGCGAGGAGAAUGUUAGCUUAAAGGGGGUGCUAGAAGAGGCACGCUUCUUUGGGAUCUACAAUUUAGUCACAGAACUGGAAGAGCUGUUAGAAAAGCAGGAGCAAGAGCAGCAGGUUGCGGACAUUCCAUUGACUCGCAUGGACGUAAUAAAAGCUAUUAUACAAACUUCCGCGAUAACCGAGCUGCGAUUUCAAGGUGUCAACUUGGCUGGUGCGGAUCUGCGCAAGCUCGACUUCCGCUAUGUUAACUUUAAGUACGCCAAUAUGUCGCGCUGCAAUUUAUCGCAUACAAAUCUGAAUUAUUGCUGCCUGGAGCGAGCAGAUCUGCAGUUUGCCAAUUUAGAAUGCGCUCAAUUGGUUUCCGUACGUGGUUUAUGUGCUAAUAUGGAAGGCGCUAACUUGCGUGGGUGUAAUUUCGAGGAUCCUACAGGAGUGCGUACAAAUCUGGAGGGGGUGAAUCUGAAAGGCGCCUGUUUGGAGAGUAGCAACAUGGCUGGUGUCAAUCUACGGGUUGCGAAUCUUAAGAACGCUAACAUGAAGAAUUGCAAUCUGCGGGCUGCUGUUCUAGCUGGUGCAGAUUUAGAGCGCUGUAAUUUAUCAGGCAGUGAUUUGCAAGAAGCUAAUUUGCGCGGGGCCAAUCUUAAAGAUGCUGAGCUUACGCUUAUGGUAACACCACUACAUAUGUCACAAGCAAUACGUUAAUCUCCACGUGCCUUUUAAUUGAGCUUUAUGCUUUAUUAUUAGUUUGUAAGUAAGAUAUGUAUGCAAUUUGUGAUGCGGUUUUAACUUAACUUAUUGUAAAUACCCAUUUAUUUAAAUAUUCUACUUAAGCCUCAUCAGUAUUAUUUAAGCAUGCUGCAA